AUAUUCAUUCCACAGUCAAACAGUUUUUGACUUGUUCAGUGUUCGGUGCGCGUCUAUAGCAAAAAAUAACUUAUUAUCAACUCUAUUCAAUAUAACUUGGUCAAAAAAAAAAGAAAAAAAUUUUCUAUUGUAUCUUCCAUUAAAAAAAAAUCUUUUGUGCUUUUUAAUAACGUUUCGGAUAAAACUACUUCGCAACUAUCACUAAAAAUUGUUUAUUUCAUAAUCGUUCGGAUUUAGAAAAGAGCGCGGGUGUUAUAAGGCGGCACGCGUCGCAGGAGAAGUGGAAAAAAAUUUGAGCGGUGGGAGAUGCUGGACCAAUAUUCGGUGUGUGGGAUGCUGAAUUUCACGUGUGCCGGAGUUUCUUUCGAAUUCGCGCCUUGUAUCGGUUCCAGUGAAUCGUGCCGAGAGACCGUGGCAGAUCCUUCCCCACGGGCAUUUGCUCGUCGUCGCUCUUCUCUUCUUCAGUCUACUUGUUUCGCAUCAAUGCAAACACUCUCAUUGCCGAGGAUGUCGCAUUGAUCUCAUGUCCUUCUCGCGAAAAUCAAUUCAUUCAAUUCGCGAAUAAAAUAUUCGAUUUCAAAAAAAAAAAAAAAAACAAAAUAGUGAUGGAAAUUAAGAAAAAUUAAAUAAAGUUGAAUUUAACAAAAAUUUUUGAAAACCCGAGUUUUUACCACAAAAUUUAUCAAAAAAGGAAAAAAAUACAAAAAAAAUGAUAAAAGAAUCAAGAAAAUGUUUGAAAUCAAAAAAAGAAGUUAGAAAAAAAGAAUCAAGAAAAAUUUAAGAAAUAAUUUAAAAAUUCAGGAAAAAAUUAUAAAAAAAAAAAAAUUGAGGAAAUAAGAAAACUAAGAAAAGAUUGAGAAAAAAAUUCAAAGAACAAAAUUAAGAAAUAAAAAUCGAGAAAUACCAAAAAAAAAAAAAUGAUAAUGUAAAAACCAAGAGAUAAUAAAAUAAACAAGUAAGAAGAAAGGAAAUAUAUAACAAAAAGAAGAUGAAGUAAAGAACAGGAAGCAAGGAAUUUGGAAAAAAAUAACGAGGCCGAGAAUAAGAAAUAAGGAAAAAGUGAAAAAAAAAAUUAAAGGAAUAAAUGAAAGGAUUUGAUAUAUAAGAAACGAAAAACAAAAGUCAUACGAAAAAAAGGGAGGAUAACAAGCAAGAAUAAUAAUAAUAAUAAUAAUAAUAAAAAAGACAUUAAGAAAUCUAACAAGUUACGGAACAAGAAACUGAAACAGAAGAGAAGAAAAAAAAACGAUGUGAUGAUUUUAGUGAUGAAAGAGAAAACUAUUUCAUUGAGUUUUGAAAAAAAAAUCACUUGUAACAAAAAAUUGCUCAGUUGCGAGCAAAAUAGAUCUCUCUCUGUGUGUCAGUGUUUGUGUAUGAUUAUUAAUAGCCAAAAAUAUGAACACUAGUUUAUUUUUUUUUUUUUAAAUAUUGUCUUACUUCACACAAAAUUUUAAGAAGACAAUAGCUUAUCUUAAGUAACGAAGGAUAAAAAAAAUAAUUUUAUCAAUCCCCUAAUAAUAAGAAUAAUAAUAAUAAUAAUAAUAAUAAAUACCCCUCGGAAAAAAAUAAAUAUUUAAAAAAAAUUGAAAAAUUCAUUAUAAACCAAAUAAAUAAUAUUUUUAAAAAAAAUUGAAAAGUCCAUUAUAAAUAUAAUACAAAAAUAAUUACAAAAUUGAUGAUAAAAUAAAAAAAAAAAAACAAUUUAAUAAAAGAGCUGGUGAAUUAAAGAACUCACUCUCUCUCUCUGAAGUUGAUGUUUGAUUCCGGUGAAUAUAAUUCAAGUGUUGGCUCAAGGGACAUUAAACCUUAUAACAUUACAUACAAAAAGUUAUUUUCCCUUCUAGUUUGUUAUAAUUGAGCCGCGUCUUUGAAAUUCUCCACACGUGCUGCUUCAAUUUCCUUCUUUGAAUACUGUUAAUUGAACCAAGGGCAAAUUAUUGUCUCUCUCUCUCUCUCUCUUUAUUUUAUUUUCUAUAUAUGACAUUUUAUUAGGGAUGAGAAAUAUUUUACAAAACAACUCGAUCAAGUGAAUAGUGUGAAAUUUUAAUUUUUCAAAAUCAGUUUGAAUAAAAAACCAUUUGUGUAUGUGCGCGUAUUUCAAGAGGACAUGUUCGAUAUUUUCAAUCGAAUUUGAAGUGAAUGUUUAAUUUUUUUUUCAAAAAAAAAUAAUAGUGAACAUGUUUCAAUAGAAAUGUUAAUUUUGAACAUGUCCAAAAGGAACAUUAAAUAGAAAAUAUUAAAAUAAAAAGAAAAUCAAAAGUAACGUUAAUUUUGAACAUGUCCAGAAGGAAUUUUAAUAACGAACAUGUCCAAAGUGAACAUUAAUAGGGAACUUGUCCAAAAGGAACAUUAACAACAAACAUGUCCAAAAUAAACAUUAGUUUUGGAAAUAUCCAAAAAGGAACAUUAAUUUUUGAACAAGUUUAAAAUGAACAUUAAUUCUAAACAUGUCCAAAAAGAACAUUAAAACUGACAAUUAGUUUUGGAAAUAUCCAAAAAGGAACAUUAAUUCUGAACAUGCCCAAAAAGCAACCGUAAAACUGAACAUGUCCAAAAUGAAAAUUAAUUUUCGAAAUAUACAAAAGGGACAAUAAUUUUGAACAUGUCUAAAAAUGAACAUUAAUUUUCAACAUACCCCAAAAAGAACAUAAAAACUGAACAUGUCCAAAAUGAACAUUAAUAGCAAACAUGCCCUAAAGAAACAGUAAAAUUGAACAUGUCCAAAAUUGAACAUUUCCAAAAAUAACAUUAAUAUCGAAUAUUCCUGAAACGAAUAUUAAAUACCGAACAUGUUCAAAAUGAUAAAAAAUGAAAAUUUUGAAAAAUAACAUGUUACUAUAAACAUAAUUUUUUCAAAUAUUUUAAAAUCAAGUGAUUGGUGGGAAUCAAAAAAAAAAAAAAAAAAAAUUUUAAAGACAAAAAAUAAAGAAAAAAAUCAUGAUGAAUGAUUCGUUGCUAUAUAAUUCACCAAUUUCCGAGUUGGAGAAUGUGAGUACAGUGAAACAAUAUGUUAAAACUAUUGUUGACGAGAAUCGUGAUCCAAUGUAUAUUGUAUUACCAAUAACAAUAAUUUAUGUCAUUAUAUUUUUCACUGGUUUAAUUGGAAAUGUUUCAACGUGCGUUGUGAUUUCAAAAAAUAAAUCAAUGCACACUGCUACAAAUUAUUAUCUCUUCAGUUUGGCUGUUUCUGAUUUGUUAUUAUUAAUUUCCGGUCUACCACCGGAAAUGUACACAAUGUGGUAUAAUUAUCCAUAUGCAUUUGGGGAAAUUUUUUGCGUUCUCAGUGGUCUUGCCGCUGAAACAGCGGCUAGUGCAACUGUUCUCACCAUUACGGCCUUUACCGUUGAGAGAUACGUGGCCAUUUGUUAUCCCUUCAUUUCGCACACAAUGUCAAAACUCUCGCGUGCAGUAAAAUUUAUAAUGGCCAUAUGGAUUUUGGCAUUUUGUUUGGCAGUACCGCAAGCAAUGCAAUUUGGUAUUGUUGACGACAGCAAUAAAAGUGGAGAGAAAACAAGAUGUUCGAUUAAAAGAAAAUUGUUGGAACACGCCUUUGAAAUAUCGACCAUGUUACUGUUCGUUGUCCCCAUGACUGUCAUUACCAUUCUCUACAUUCUCAUAGGGGUCAAACUACGAAGGUCAAGGCUACUCUCUUCUGUUAAGAGGACACCAAUUGCCGGAGGUCUCAAUCAUUAUGACUCCACACGCGGGAAGAACAGCUCGCAAAGAAAUGUAAUUCGUAUGCUGGUUGCAGUUGUAGUGGCUUUCUUCAUUUGUUGGGCACCUUUUCAUGCACAAAGACUCAUCGCUGUUUAUGGAACAGAAGCGAAAAAUCCUCAUCCUAUUUUAAUAACUGUUUAUACAACGCUUACCUAUAUGUCUGGAAUUUUUUACUAUUUAUCAACUACCAUUAAUCCUCUACUUUACAACAUUAUGUCCAACAAGUUUCGAGAAGCUUUCAAGUCAAUGCUGGCAAAACACUGCGGAAACAGACUACAAACAUCAAGUCCCUUACAUCGUACAUAUACAAGUCUUUCUCGUCAUCCAAGAUCAACUUUUCAUCGUGUUGAUUCCCAUAAAUCUGCAUCAGUUUCUGCCAGCGAGGAAAAUCAACAAUUAUCAACUUUUGAUCAACGAAAAAAUUCAAUUAAAUGCUGCAAUAGUGGAAUUGAACGAAAAAAUUCACAAAUUGUUGUAAUUUCAAAGAUAAAUGGAUCUCAUCCAGAAAUAAUGAGAAAUGGCUCAAGAGCUUCAAAUACAAGUCAAGUCACUGUAAUGACAACUAUUGGAAAAGGUUCCAACGAAGGCAAUAACAAUUCAGAAACCGUGUAUGUCGAUGAAUCUACUUUACGAGUUCAUCAUCGACCACUACAAACCAUUACUCUAGGAAUUUUGGCAGGACGUCUAAGGUUUGGUACAAAGAGUUUAUUUGGAAGUCAACCAAGGCCAUCAAAGAAACCAAAAAUCAAGCCAGAAGUUGCGAGUGCACCGCCAAAAAUUAACAGUCAUCCCAGUAUCGACAGUGGGAAUACUAUAAGUAAUUCCAGCCUUCAAGACUACGAUGAGACAGAAUUCACGGGAAGUGAAUUAGCCACUUAUAUGAAGGAAUUAAAUUUCGAUCUAAUUACUUGACAACCUUUUUGACGCAAGGAAAGUUACAAAACAAACUUGCGAAGAUUUUCAUUGACAAAUUAAGUGAUGCUCUAUACGAAGAUUUAUAUAUAUAGGCUCAUACCUGCCUCCGAUCCUUGAGAAGGACAUAAAAAAAGAAUCUAUUUUUCCGUAUCCAUGAACUGUGAGACCAUGACGUCCAUUUCGAUAUAUACAUAUACAUUUAAUUCUCAUUUUCACCAAAAAGAUAUUUAAUAUACCGAAACUUGCCAAGGAGCUUUUAAAAAUAUAAAUGUAUCAAUAUAAUAAAUACAGCUCCUUAUAUUUUCUUCAAUUUUGAAAUAUUACAAGUAAAUUAUUCCAUUUCAAAAAAAAAAUACAAAAUAAUAAUUUAAAAAUAGAAUAUUUUACAAUUAAUUUGUUUUUUAUUAGAACAUGUUGAAACUAGUCGUAAACAAACAUUACUACGAUAUAAAUAUAGUUCUUAAGAAAAACAAUUAUGUAGAAAGUGUACAUUUCUUUUUAGGAGACUUUUUAAUUAAAAUUUAAGUUAUAUAAUUUUUUAUACUGUAUAUUUUUUUAAAGCUAAAGUAUAAAAAUAGAAUAAGAUUAAAUAAGAGAAAGUUUUAAGAUAUUUCUUAGAGAAAUUUAUACUUAAUUAUUACUUAUAUGACUGGAAAAUUUUUAAAGAUUUUAUUAAUAAUUUCUUGUUUUUGUUACAGAAAGUAUAAUGUAUUGUUAAAUUAUUGAUUAUAAUUUUUUUUGUUUAUUCAACAAAUGAAUAUAUAUAUGUGUGUGUAUAACUGAAAAAAAGACUCCAAUUUAUUUGCAAUUUUUACAUAUAGAAAAAAUGUUCCCUUAAUAUUUUUGGAAAGUAAAGGAGCUUGUUGCGAAGCGGCGCACUCGCUUUUUUUUGUAUUUUAAGUUAGUUGUAUCAAAAUAAAAUUAAAUAAACGUAAAUAAUUUU